ACACCCAACUACAGGCGAUUGCUGACUACUAGGAAGUGUUAUUAGCUGUCACUGUAAGUGUAGCCCAAAUCAGGCUAGUGAGCUAGUAAACCACGCUAGCUAAGUUAGCCAGUUUAGUCUAAACAAGUGAAGGAAGAACAUAACGUCAAGAGGAAAUCAAGGGGGGUCAGAAGUUAAGAAUAGAUAGUUCCUAGUGAGCAAAAUCAAGCGAGGUACCAAGUAUCGAAUUUCAUACGCAAGUAAAGAUUCGAAUACGCUCCCAGUGAGUUGCUGAAAUGGAAAGUCUUACACAGAACCAAAGAAGCAAGAACGGAACGAGGGAAUUUUGUCACCUUAAAUUUGGUCGAUCCAGCAGGGGUGUCUGCGAGCAGUACCGGGUGAGUCUGGAGCGGAGGAUUGCACAGGGAGACAUCGAUCUUGUGUGUGGGGACGAGGAGCUCUGUCAGCGGGUGGAAGGGAUGCUGAAGGAAGGAGACCCCCGAGAUGUGCUAACUGUCCGGGACCUGGACAUCCUGGCAGUGAUGGAGGACUCCCUCAAGGCUCCGCCUGAUUGGGGUCGCACUGUGGGCGGGCUCAAAGGACCAGCCACAGUCCCAGGCCUGGGUGCCAUCAGCAAGGCUUUCGAGGUUCUGGAGCGAGCCGCCCUUAAUCUGUACCUGUGCCCGUGGAGAAAGGAAUACAGAGUAGUAAAGAUCUUCUCAGGGAUAUUCACACACCUGCUCAGACCAGCACUGUCUGAGCAGCAGGUGGUGCAUCUGUUUGGGUUGUUAGGAUACCAGGCGAAGGAGGCGGAGUUAGAACUACGAGGCCCGCCCCCAUCAGCGGCCACCUUGCUGGGUUUGGCGUGCGCGUUCUUUGCGGCACGAUGCGAGAGCCGGCUGCUGUCGGCAGCUGCUGCCGCAUCGAGCGGAGGGCCGGGCGCAGAGCUAACCCUGGUUCAGGAGAGGCGGAAGGGCCACAGCCUGCAGGGGGCGCUGGAGAGCCUCCGGAAGGCUGGGGAGUCGAGCUGGGGCUACACGGAACAGGCGGACCUGGACCUGUACACCGCAGAUGGGGAAGGCUUAAGUGGGGAGACUGAGGCGGCAAGUGCAGGGCAGAAGCUUUCCACAGCCUUCGAGGAUAGAGAGGGUGCGAGUUCCCUGCCUGCAGGAGGCAGCAGCAACAGCGUCUCAGCGUCGAGUCUGAGAGUCUCCAUCACUCUGAAGUCCCAGCAGAGUGCAGCCAGGUCUUUGGAGCCAGAGCGCCAGCCGGCUGUGUCCCGGACUGCUGGAGAUGGUGUGAUGGUUACAGAACCAGAGCAGAAUCAGACCUGUACCUGUUAUUGUACACCUUGUUCUCUUUAUUACUGCCAGCAGUGCAGUCACGUCCACAGUAUCAUUUGUGACAUCUCGGACAGCUGUAGGAAGAAUAACCACAACCUUGAACUCAUCAGUGACCCAGCCCUGUCGGGACCAUCAAAGGUAGGGGCUUCAUCGGAACCAUGGAAGGAAUCCAGUGCGGGAAAGGCUUUUCCUUCAGCAUGGGAUAUUUCCAAAGAGGGAAGGGCUUCAACAGCACUGUCGGAGGAGCUGAAAGUAGGGUCAGAAACUGGAUUGGAUAGGCCCAAAGAGGGAGGAGCUUCAGCAGCACCGGUGGAGCAGACCGGAGAGAGCAGGGCCUCAAGGACACUCAGGCCGGAACUGGGUCUGACCUGUGACAGACAGGACUGCAAAAACCUCUGUAAUGCUUUUUGCAAGUCCUGUAAUUUUAAGAUCUGCCACGAUUGUUGGCUGUACAAGCAAACAGUAUGUGCCUGUGGAGGCACAUACUGUUUCCGAAUGUCUUCAUCUGUGUGAAGUGUGAAUCCACUGCCUUUCUAACAUACACAGAGCUACACCUGCUACUGCCAUGUAGCCAAAGGGAAACUGUAUAACAGAUAAAAAUAUUGCAUGAAUGCACAUAUUUCUGUUUGCGAAACUUGCGUCCUCUCACCCAAGAUUCAGGAAGCAAGCUUGCUGUUAAAACAGAAAAUUCAUUAAAAGGUGCAUUUUUAAAUGGGAGAUUUUGCAUCGCAUGGACAUUAUUGUAUGGUGUGUCAAACAUUGCCCCUGUGGAAUAUUAGCCUAUGGUUCAGGUAUUAGACGGCGGGAAUAUCGGAUAUCUGUGCCAAUAUAGUGACUAAGUGCUGUAUUUAGAACUCUCUGUGAAACAGAAUGUGUACGAUCUGCUCAAUGUUUGGGCUAAAUAUGGAUGCCAACCCAGUCCACUAAAAAGAUACCAACAUGCGUUUCAGGGGAAAGAACAAAUUGCCAUGUAACAGCACAUCAUGGCUAGCCUCAUAUCACAGGAUAUUAUAUAAUAAGCAGGAUUCUGUAUGCAGAUACUGGUUUAGCAGAGACUAAAGUGUACAGUGCAAUAAAAAUAAUACUAAAAUACCUCUGGGAUUGCUCAAUCACUCUGUCCCGCAUAAUAAAGUACUUUGACU